GUCCUAGAUGGGAAGGUGCAGAGGCAGUGGGGAAGCUGUGAGCCUGUGUGGACAUUGUCUCCAUGGGGGAGGGGGUGACGUCCAAUCCAGAGGCCUCAUUAUUAUGCCUGCAUUCUUUACAUCUUGUUGUUUACCAACCCUCUGAAGUCCUGGGUCCCAGUAGGUCCAGAACGGCCUAUUACCAGUUUAAAGGGAAGAGGUGUUGUUGAUGGCUCAUAGGGGAAAGCUGCUUGCUACCAAAUGUCACAACUUGAAUGUGAUCCCCAGGAACCACAGAAUGGAAGAAAAAAACCACUCCCACCAAUUGUCUUCUGACUUUCUGCAUGACACCUCCCCACACACACCAACACACAAGUAAAUCUAAAGGGAGAAGGGUGCGGAUUCCACCUAACCUAAUAUACAUUAAUCCUUCAAAAUCACUUAGAGAACAUUAGCCACAAAAAACUUUCUCCCCAGACUUAAGCUCUUUUGCUCUUAAAUAGGGAGGAAGUCAGGCUUCCAGCCAAGCGAACUGAAGACACUGGGGCCCUCUGGUGGUCACACUGGGUCUUCGAGUGCCAGGGCUGCCCCGCCCCUUAGCAGUAGGAGCCAAUGGGAGCUUGGGUCCCCACCCCUGGGCAGUCACUUCCUAGUGAGUACUUAGAAUCCAGUCAGAAAAGCGUUUGAAGAAGCUAGCGAGCUUAAAGAAGGGCUGGGGCCCCACCUCACAACCCCAGACCAGAAGAGCAGGAGGCAGCUGGGCCGGUGGAGCCGGCAUUGUGCCUCUCAAGCCAUGGGCCACAGGGAACCACAACCCGCAAGGCUGUAGAGAAGUGGGUGAGUCCCGGAGCUGUGGACAGCACUGAGCCCCCCAUCUCUUCCCUGGUGGCCACUGCCAUGGCCGGGCUGGUGGUGCCAGGCAUACUGCUGUGCAUGCUGAGUGCUGGGUCAGGCACCUCAGAUCUGGAGGCCGCUCUGCCCCCUGCUCCCCACGACUGCCCCAAUAACUGCAUCUGUGCUGCCGAUGUGUUAAGCUGCGCUGGCCAUGGCUUACAGGACGUGCCGGUAGCAUUGCCUGCCACGGCUGCAGAACUCGAUUUAAGCCACAAUGCACUCGAACGCCUGCACCCUGGCUGGUUAGCACCCCUCUCCCGGCUUCGUGCCCUGUACCUAGGCUACAAUAAAUUGGAUGUGCUGGGCCAUGGUGUCUUCACCAAUGCCAGUGGCCUCAGGACACUUGACUUAUCGUCUAAUAUGUUGAGGAUACUCCACACGCAUGACCUGGAUGGACUGGGGGGGCUGGAGAGAUUGCUCCUGUUCAAUAACAAACUGGUGCACUUGGACCCGGAUGCCUUCCAGGGCCUGAGGAUGCUCAGACACCUCUAUCUCAGCUGCAAUGAACUCGCCUCUUUUUCUUUCAAUGGUCUGCAUGGUCUGGGGACCACCCACCUGCGCACUCUAGACCUAUCCUCCAACUGGCUGGGACACAUCUCCGUCUCCGGGUUGGCUGCACUGCCAGCUUUCCUCAAGAAUGGGCUCUACCUGCACAACAACCCACUGCCCUGUGACUGCCGCCUCUACCACCUGCUCCAGCGCUGGCACCAGCGGGGUCUAAGUGCCCUGCGUGAUUUUGCACGUGAGUACACAUGCUUGGCCUUCAAGGUCUCAGAGUCCCGAGUGCGCUUCUUUGAGCACAGCCGGGUGUUUGAGAACUGCUCAGCUACUGCAGCUCUAGGCUUAGAACUGCCUGAAAAGCAGCUGGACACACAGGUGGGGCAGUCCCUGAGGCUCUACUGCAACACCAGCGUGCCCGCUGCACGAGUGGCCUGGGUUUCACCGAAAAAUGAGCUGCUUGUGGCACCAGGAUCUCAGGAUGGCAGCAUUGCUGUGUUGGCUGACGGCAGCUUAGCGAUAGGCAGGGUGCAAGAGCAACAUGCGGGCAUCUUUGUGUGCCUGGCAACUGGGCCCCGCCUGCACCACAACCAGACACUAGAGUUCAAUGUGAGUGUACAUAAACCUCGCCCUGAGCCAGAGGCUUUCAACACAGGCUUCACCACAUUGCUGGGCUGUAUCGUGGGCCUGGUGCUGGUAUUGCUCUACUUGUUUGCACCACCCUGUCGUGGCUGCUGUCACUGUUGCCGGCGGGCCUGCCGUAACUGCUGCUGGCCCCGAGCCCCCAGUCCACUCCAGGAGCUGAGUGCACAGUCCUCAGUGCUCAGCACUACACCACCAGACGCACCCAGCCGCAAGGCCAGUGUCCACAAGCAUGUGGUCUUCCUGGAGCCGGGCAAGAAAGGUCUCAAUGGCCGUGUGCAGCUAGCUGUAGCUGAAGACUUCGAUCUGAGCAACCCCAUGGAGUUGCAGUUCAAGGUUGGCUCCGAGUCAGCCAGUUCCACAGGCUCAGAGGGUCUCAUGAUGACCUAGACCGCCUGGGUGUCCCCACACUGGCCAUAGACCUGCUGCUGCUUGCCUGGUUCACUGAUGCAGUCUAGAGAACUGACAGAUGCUGGUGGGAUGCACUGUGCCUGCUCCUAACUGCACGUGAGCCUUGACCUGUCCUGGGACCGUUCUACUCACUGGUAAAGGGACUGAGGCUCCCCCACUUGCCUCCUGCUCUGUCUGGCUCAGGAUAAGGCCUCAGACCACUAGAGCCUGCUUCCCCUAGGAUCUCUGAGUGACCAAACGUCCCAUGAAGAUUAGGGACCAAGACCAUCUGGUAAGAGCCCUUGCAUUAGAGCUCUGGGACCACCUCAGGAAUUGAUGCAGAUGUUAUAGGCGUGGUAUAGACGUGGUAUAGACGUCAAGCAUACCACCUUCCCUUCCUUGCCAGGGAGCUCACCAAGGAGGGAGAAGGCAGCUCAGAAGAUCCAGCUCCCACUCUAGGAUGGGAGGAAUAAAUGAGCCCUUCCUGUGCUGCAAGAGAACCCUGUCUAUUACCACCAUCCAGCCUCCGGAAAGCUCUACAACUCCUGUGGAGUCUGGUGGGCAUGCAUGACUCUUUCAGGACACUCCCGCAAGAGUAGCCCUGCUGUCUUCAGCCAAAGGUAGAGCCAAUCCCAUGGGCUCAUAACCCAGCAGGAAAAAGCCUGGUGAACACGGCUAAUCUGGGACUCAUGUCCCUGGAGAGCAGAAGGCCUCUGAAGGACUGGUACUUAUCUCAGCCUAAUGGCUAAAGCAGUGUCCUGAACUCACAUGCCUCUACCACUCCUGCAGGCAGUUAGGGAAGAAGGUCGGAGCCCCUCCCAGGAGGAGCUGGCAGCCCCGUGUGUGUCCUAGAUGACUAUCAAGGCACUUUGUAAUAAAGAUGGUACGUGUUCAUUGCCA